GCGUCUCUGCUUCUCAGGACGCAGAGCUCCGCCUCGGAUGCUGCUGCUGCUGUUUAUCUGAUUACCGCGAUAUGAGAGCUGCGUCUCCUUAAAGCGACACGCCGCUUUAAUUAAUGAGACUAGCGGAGAGAGGAGGAGAGACACGCCGAGGAUGCAGAUGAAGACACGCAGCAGCGCCUGCCGGUCGCCUCCAUCUUCUCGCUGCAGGAGGACGCCGCGUGUCGCCGCUUCGUUUCACCGCCCUGGGGUGAUGAUGCCGGCUGUAAUCUGACCCUGCAUGCCUGCAGAAAAGCCUCCAAGACCCCCCUCCUCCCUCCUCUGCUCUCCAUCCUGCGAUACACGGACUGUGGAUGCGUCACAGCCGCUCAUCCUGCGUCGUUUCUUCCGCAGACGCGUCGUAGCCUCCGUGCCUCAUGUGUAGGUUAUGAAAUCGGCUGUAAAAACGCGGCUGUCCGCUCCUGACUCCUGCUGCACACACGGACUCUGUAGGCUUCAUGUCUUCUGUUAAUAGCGUCAAUAAUCCCGCGGAUUGCGCGUCCUUGUUCGCCUGCCAGGCCUUUAACGUUUCUGCUCUCCUGUACACCGCCCAUGCGUUGCCGCUGCCGCGCCGCGCCUCCUCCUUCCAUGGACUCUGAGAUCUAACGCGCGCCGCCUCCGCGUCUACGCCCUCGCCCUGCUGCUGAUGCGGUGCACCUGGGUGCUCGCUGUCUCCUCGUCCUGGUCCUGGCCGGUCAGUGAUCCUCCGGUCCGGGGGGGCUGGUGUCCGCAGAGAGGCAGGAUGGUGCGGAUCGCCAGCGCGCUGGGGCUGGUCAUGUUCAGCGUGGCGCUGCUCAUCCUGUCGCUCAUCAGCUACGUGUCCAUCAAGAAGGACUUUCUGCUCAGCACCCCCAGAUACGGACCCAAUGGAGGACCCAGGAUGUCCAUGUUCCAUGCGGGGUUUCGCGAGAGGCCGCCUCGCAAACCUGACCUGAGCUCCCAGCUGGCGUUGAAGUAUCUGGAUCCAGCUUUCACUCCUCUGACCAACUCUCUCAGCGAGGACCUGCAGAACUCCUCGAAAUGGACCUACAACCAUACUGCUUUUAUACAACUGAAAAAAGAGAUCUCUCAAUACAUCGACAUCCCCCACAACUUCACGCUGACAAGAGACUCAGUCCGAAUCGGACAGCUGAUGCAUUACGACUACUCCAGCCACAAGUACGUCUUCUCCAUUGGCGAGAACUUCCGUUCGCUCCUCCCUGAGAUCUCGCCGAUCCUCAACAAGCACUAUAAUGUCUGUGCUGUGGUCGGCAACAGUGGCAUCCUCACUGGCUCGCGCUGUGGCCCCCAGAUCGAGAAGUUUGACUUCGUCUUCCGCUGCAACUUUGCGCCAACUGAGAUCUUUAAGAAGGAUGUUGGGCGGCGGACCAACAUGACGACCUUUAACCCCAGUAUCCUGGAGAAGUACUACAAUAAUUUACUGACUGUGCAGGACAGGAACAAUUUCUUCCUGAGCCUGAAGAAGCUUGACGGAGCCAUCCUGUGGAUCCCGGCAUUUUUCUUCCACACGUCAGCCACGGUGACGAGGACACUGGUCGACUUUUUCGUGGAGCAUCGAGGUCAGCUGAAGAUCCAGCUGGCCUGGCCCGGAAACAUCAUGCAGUAUGUGAACAGCUACUGGAAAACCAAGCAGCUGUCACCAAAGCGCCUGAGUACCGGCAUCCUGAUGUACACGCUGGCGUCCGCCAUGUGCGACCAGAUCCACCUGUACGGCUUUUGGCCCUUCGGCUGGGACCCCAACACAGGAAAGGAGCUGCCGUACCACUACUACGACAAGAAGGGCACGAAGUUCACCACCAAGUGGCAGGAGUCCCAUCAGCUGCCCGCCGAGUUCAAACUCCUCUACAAGAUGCACACGGAAGGCCUGUUGAAGCUCUCACUCUCCCACUGUGCGCAGGGCUAAAAGUGCACAGGUACAGCGCUCCUUCAGACUCCAGCGCUUCCACAGGCCAGAGUAGUCAGAAUGAUGAGGCAGACAAAAGGAGGAUUUGUAUGGUUUUGCCAAAAUCAAAAUCUUGGCUCUGAGGCCGAGUUGGUGAAAUGGGCUCUGGAACUGGUUUUAGCCCCAAAAAGCCCCGUUUGACAAACUGUUUGUACAGUUCAAGAAACAAGUAAUAUCAUUUUCUACUGCUUAAGAGCUGAAAGACGAAAAGGACGACAGUUUAGGAAAAGUUGGCUGCAGCUGGACUUUUAAGCAGCGUUGCUCUUGAGCAGAAUAUCGCAACCUUGAACUGCUUCAUGGUGUUUUUAUCACUUAUCACUGUUAGGACUAAAGCUACAGAUCAGCAACAUUAAAACCAACAUUAGCACUACGUUAAAGAAGGCAGAUCUCUCAUUCAUUCACAGUCUGGGUCCUGACAACGGGCGCCAUGGCAAAAUAGAGCCUGGCUCAGUAUUUGCUGCAAUUUAGGCCUUGGCUACACGUACAUGGGUAUUUUUGAAAAUGGGCUUUUCUCAAAAAGAAAAUUUCCAUCCACACAAUCACUGUUACAAAAAAAUUCUCUAGUUCUCUAUGCAUCUGUUGGCAGGAGUCGAGCUGCCAUAGGAGCAGAGAAAAAGAGCGGGAGUUUGUAUGUACAAGCAGAGAGCAAGUGGGGGGGAAAUGCAUUUAAUUCUGGAGGUCGUGAGGCUGGAAAUACGACAGUGACAUAAAGGGCUAUGGGGCGGCAUGUCCAGGAGCGCCAACGGCAAUGUAGGGUUGUACAUUGAAAGUAACAGGGGCGUAUUUUUUUACAUGGCGUUCGCCGCUAGUGUGUUUUUUCCUGUAGUGUUCAAUCUCUUACUCUUGUGAUCAGAAAUGAUCUUAAGCUCAAUUCUGAAAUUGUUCUGUAAAUAGUUUCCUCAUAUAUAAUAAUUUAAGCAACUUCUGAUCUAUAUCUGAUCCAUUUCAAUUUUAGGUUAAAAAUAAAAACUUGCGGUUAGGCCACGGAUACAGAUUAUUUAGCUGAUAGAACAGAUGCAGAUAAUGGUGCACUCACUCCCAAAAUAUUGUUCCUUUAAAUUGCAAAAAUGGAUAAAUAUGAAUUUGUAGUAUACAGUUAAUGUUACAUAUCUUAGCCUAAAUGCAUAGAAACAUCUAUGUUUCUAAAAAUACCUGCAUACGUAUGGAGUAGGCCUCAAUUGAUCGUUUAACUGUAGAGCAAAUGAUUGACUUUUCCCAGUCUUUCUCUGAUAAGCCUUCAAUUCAUAAACCAGUUACUCAACACACCUGGAUUGUAUUUCAGUGUCUCACUAGUACCAGAAGCAACAUGCGACAACUUACACAGGCCUUUGCCGUUUUUUCAUGCAGUGCUGCAUUUGGUCUGAACGCCCUGUACGUAAGACAGCAAUGUGACUAGUUUGACUAUAGCAUCAGAGUGAAAAGGAUGAGCAGAGAUAUUGGAAGCUGACUUUGAUUUCAGGACGUAUCUCCCCCCGCUUCAACAGCUAACAUCAUCUAUUGGCUUACAAAUGAUUGUUGAGCAGCUGAACAGGACAGGACCCGUGUUUGCUCCAUUUGCAACGAAGAACCAUACCUAACCACACAUUAAAUGCACAGUAAUUCCCCAAAGCAUCCCAUUUACACAUCCAGCAGUUAUGGAGCAACAUUAUCAUCGUUUAAGCUGUUUUUGUGUCAAACUGAUGAAUGUAAACUCAAUAUUCACUCUCUUUUUGCUCUGUUUUUGGUCUCCACCAACUCCUGACAGAAAUAUUUGGCUGUUUAGCUGCUAAAUGUUUCACUUUCUUCACCAGCAAGUUGUUUACUUUGUCUGAAAAGCACAGAGAGACACAUUUGAAUAUUGUGGAUAAAGGUGGGGCCGUUUCCUGACAUAGGGCAACAAAUCUAAGGAGUCACAACAGAGGCACCAUGAAUGAACGUUAGUUGUAAUGUAGUGCAGGUACAGGCUGUGGGUUGUGUAUAAUUGAGCUAAUGACAUGUUGGUUUAUUUUAAAAGUGGCGGCCCUACUUUGUAAGGUUACUAAUGUUAGCUAGCUGGUUGUAUAGCCAGCACUUUGCAACUUAUCAGGAAGAUGCACUUUCAGCCAGUAUGCUGCCAUUUCUUUCUUCUAAGUUGUGGUAAUUUUUUGGUUUGCCCUAUCACUUUUUUGUGUGUUUAAAAGAAAAAUAGAGCUAGAUAAUUGGUGAUAUAUGUUAGAAAAUAGCCUCAUAGUCCCAGAGUCUUAUAAAUCACCCACCACUUUAGCCAGGUGGCUCCAUUCACAGUUUUUUAUAAUCUGCUAAUGCUAGAGCGCAGUAAAUAAAGGGUCAUUCCCUACAGAAAUAGACCUUUAUGUUAAAGAGUAAGAUCCUUUUUGUUUAACCAGAAACAGCCCCAGAAUCGCCAGCACCAAACCCACCAGACUACAUUUAAAUAAGCAGUAAUUUGAGGUAUAGAGGCAGCAUGUUUUCACAUCUAACUGUGUGAAUUAAGGGUUUAUUUCAAGUAGGGUUGCAGUGAUAUACCGGUUUCAAGUUAUACCAUGAUAUAAAAGUUGACAGUUAGCAGACCGUGUACAUUUGCUUAUUUACGAUAUUGAAAAAACGAAUGCAACUGGACGUUGAAUCUCCCCUUUAUUUUAUUCUUUUUCAAAGGGGAGACAUUUUACACAUACUUCCAUUAACAAAACGGUUUCAAGUUUUUAAUUACAGUGAUAAAACACUUGUUCAACAAACAAUAACCCUCCAGUUUUCAUUCCUUUUAGGGGUCAAUCUGACAUACAAUAAUGUAGAUUCUUCCGUGAUACGUGAAACAGUGAUAAUUUCUGAGACAGUUAUUGUACCAUGAAAAUCUCAUACCGUUGCAACCCUAUUUUCAACUAAACUAGAGUUGGUGGUUGUUGGAACAGUGCAAAGACAAACCAAGAUGGUUUGUUAGUUUUGUUUCUGUCAAGUUCUUAAUGCAAAGUUACGCAGCUUAGCUUUUUACGAAAAACAAACAAACAGUUGGGCGUUUUGACAUUACGUACUUAACGUAAAGUUAGCACACUCAAUGUAACAUGAGAACAUGACAUUGUAUCUUCGAAUAACUCAAAGUUCACUUGGUUUCACAUGAGACACAAACACCAGUCUCCUGGGAGAAAGUCCUGUAUUUGUUAACCCAUCCACCUCCCAAACCUGCCUCCUCACAUGGACUUCGCUCUUUAUACUACUUUCUUAUUUACUCCCAACAGCACAUUGGUCACGUGAUCAGAGCCUUUGUGAUUACUUGGGCUAUAUAUGAAAUCUGGUGCAUUACUUUUCAUAGGUAUGAACACUGCAUGAGAACAGCCCGACACGGGCAAGUGGUGUGGUAGUUAACCACGCAGUUCUUUAACAAGGCAAUUAUAAUUAACAUGAUGAUUAUUAACAUUAAGGGGGUCAGAGGUCAGGUGCAUCAGCCCUGAAGCAGGUAGAGGUUCAUUUUGUUGUUUAACAGGAGCAGGAAUGCUCAUACACACAAGGUUUUCAGGCGUAUCAAAUCUGAAUUAUCAUAUUUUACAAGUGCUUUCUUUUCAUGUACUUUCAUAUUUGGUGCCGUGUGUUAAUAAGACAAUGAAAACGAGAGAAACUGGGACUAUUUUUGUAAUCUGCAGCUGAAUAUCAGCUGUGUUUCACCUCUUGUUUGUCAGUUUCAUUCCAAAAUGAGACAUCUAUGACUUGAAACGUGACAUUUUCAGGACUUUGACAAAAAGAUUGUUGGCAUGAAGGUUAAACUCAAUAUUUAAUAUUACAAGUAAUAGUGUUAUUUUUGGACUCGAGCACAUUAUAAACUCCUUAACAGGAUGUAAAUGCGUUUUAUUUUUGUCUUCUUUUGUCGCCUUUUAUUUUUGUAAUAUAAAAUGUCAGUCUGUAUCAGGUAACAUUUUUCCAGAAUGUAUUUUUUGCAUUUUGAAUGAUAUUAAUGAGGCUGGCUCCAUCCAUAUUGACAUGUCUGUAGAGAUCACUCUAUCAAGGGUAAUAUAUACUAAAACCAUAUUUAGGUAUCAUACACAGUAUGCUGUAGAUUAACAGAUAUGUUUUAUUCAUCCAAUACUU